AUGCCCCUGCAAGCCUGCGGGGUGCUGUUCCGGAACCCUUGGGCCUGCCUGCUGGCGUCAGGGGACCGGAUGGCCUCCGCGUCUCCUCUCCCUUCCAAGACCAGCACGAGUGCCUCUCAAUGGCCGAGUGCAAACAUGAACUCCCUGCUGGAGGUCCCGUUCUCCCGCGUGUGGUGCAGUAACAGGCAGCCCAUGCGCUGUGCCUUCUCCCUGGAGCGCUACACACCCACCACCACCCAGCUGUCCUGCAAAAUCUGCAUCCGGCAGCUCAAAGGCCAUGAACAGAUCCUCCAGGUGCAGACGUCGAUCCUAGAGAGUGAAAGAGAAACCAUCACUUUUUUUGCACAAGAGGACAGCGCUUUUCCUGCACAGACUGGCCCCAAAGCCUUCAAAAUUCCCUACUCCAUCAGACAGCGGAUUUGUGCUACAUUUGAUACCCCCAAUGCCAAAGGCAAGGACUGGCAGAUGUUAGCACAGAAGAACAGCAUCAACAGGAAUUUAUCUUAUUUUGCUACACAAAGUAGCCCAUCUGCUGUCAUUUUGAACCUGUGGGAAGCUCGUCAUCAGCAUGAUGGUGACCUUGACUCCCUGGCCUGUGCCCUUGAAGAGAUUGGGAGGACACACAUGAAACUCUCAAACAUUAAGGAAUCCCAGCUUGAUGAAGCCGACUUCAACUACAGCAGGCAGAAUGGACUCUAAUCCCCCUCCUCUCAUGAGACGGAGCGAUGGCCAGCUUUGGGACAUUCGCUUUACUUACAUGGGAAAGAAAGAGGCAGCUUUCUGCCCGGUGGCAUUUGGGGAAUUUAGCCUUCAUUUAUAAUCAGUGAGAUCCCUUGGCUGAAGAAGCUGAAUUUAUAUAGGUUAUACAUGUUAACAGGGAAAGUGUAAGCUCUCUUUGAUGUAAGAGGGCUCUACUGUC